AUUCACUUGUUCGUUUUUAAAUCAACCAUAUUAUUCAUUUGUUGAUUGUAAGAACUAAGAAGGUGGUAGUGGAGCCUGGAAACGCAUUUCUCCGCCAUAACUUCCAUCAUUAGCCGUGUUCCGCGGGGGCCCUCUCCCCAACAAACGAUCACUUGUUAAAUCUCUCUCUCUCUCUCUCUCUCUCUCUCUCUCUCUCUCUCUCUCUGUUUUCUUUCUGAAAUAUUAUGUCUGCAAGAAACAGGCAUAUUUGUUAAUUUCAAGAAGGUGGGUAAUUGGUAUUUUUUUAUUGUUUUUGUUCUUUAUGUAAGUGUUAACAAUUGGAUUGGUGGUUCUAUGAAGUGGGCGGGAUCAAACUGCUUGUUUGAUUGGUCGCCGGAAUCGGUUCGGUGGAGAGGAGGCUGCAGCAGCCGAGGCCAAGGCUGUCUCAGUUUCAUGGGAGAUGAGGAGGAAGCUAUCCAAUUUUGUAACCCUCUUCUCUAUUCAUCCCAACGCGAAUUUGUGGCCAUACUAGGAGAACCAAAUAGUAGGAGGUCAUGUCUCUGCAGCCUCUUAACAACAGCUUCUUUGUUGUCUUUAAUUUUCUUCACUGCAAGUGCAUUCGUUGCACAAGAUCGUAAGCAGAAAUUAUUUGGAUGGGGAUUGUGGAAAGAGAGUUCAGGAGGGAUGGAAUAUAACAGAUGCACGAGUCAAUGCAGGCCUCCUGGAAGUGAAUCAUUACCUAAUGGUAUUGUCUCCAAAACUUCCAACUUGGAAAUGCGGCCAUUAUGGGGCUUCCCAAAGACUGGAAACUCUUCAAACUUAUUCUCUGUGGUUGUUGGAAUAAAGCAAAAGAACUUGGUAGAUAAGAUGGUUCGGAAGUUUCUGUCAAGUGGCUUUGUUGUAAUGCUUUUCCAUUAUGAUAGUGUUGUGGAUGAAUGGAAGGAUUUUGAAUGGAGUGGUCGUGUCGUACAUAUAUCCGCAGCCAAUCAAACUAAAUGGUGGUUUGCCAAACGUUUCUUACACCCAGACAUAGUGGCAGAGUACAAUUACAUUUUUCUUUGGGAUGAGGAUCUUGGAGUUGAAUAUUUCCACCCUAAACGAUAUCUAGAAAUUGUGAAACAAGAAGGGCUUGAGAUAUCACAGCCGGCACUGGAUCCUGUCAAGUCAGAGGUGCAUCAUCAGAUUACUGCACGAGGGAGGACAUCAAAUGUGCACAGGAGAAUUUACAAGAAUGGCAAUGCUGCAGAUAGAUGUGAUGAAAACAGUAAAACUCCACCAUGCACCGGGUGGAUAGAGGUUAUGGCUCCUGUAUUUUCACAAGCUGCCUGGCGCUGUGUAUGGUACAUGAUCCAGAAUGAUUUGAUUCAUGCCUGGGGACUAGAUAUUCAGCUUGGAUAUUGUGCACAGGGUGAUCGAACAAAAAAUAUUGGAAUUGUCGAUGCUGAGUACGUUGUUCACUAUGGCCUGCCAACACUUGGAUGGAAUAAAAACAAGAAAAAUUCAUCUGUGGACAGCGAUACUUCUGAAAUCGAAAGCAUAACAAGUGCAGAACCUCCGGCUUUGUCAAAGUCUCCUCCAAUUAAGCCUAGAGUUGAAGUGAGAAGGCAAUCCUACCGGGAACUUAAGAUAUUCAGACGGCGAUGGGAAAACGCUGCCAGAAAUGAUAAAUGUUGGACGGAUCCUUACCCUGAGCCAGUGAAGCAGAAGAGAUAAUGUACCAUUUCAAAGCCUCCUAACCUUGUUAGAGUUGUACAUUUGCACUGUAGACAUGUCAAAGAGAAAGCAAAGCCAGAAGCAGCAGCAGCAACAGAAACAGAAGUACCCACCAUUGUUGUAAGUUAACCGAUACCAGUCUCGUACAAACCUCACACAUUUCUUAUUGUUUCUGUAGUUGAAAAUGAUUCUUACAUGAAUAGGAUGGGACGGUUUUUGAC